AUGUCAUCUCAAUUGGCAGCAACCAACUCUUCUCUUCUCCUUGUUCCUCCCUCUUCGGCUUUCCUCUGUUUCACAAGGAAUAAAGAUUUGACUCCAAAAAGAUGCUCUAUAAUCAACAAGAAAAAGAAUAAUGGCAUCACAGCUUUUGCGGGCAAUUCUCUUGGAAAAUCAGCUAUCAAACUCACUGCAGUUUCAUCUCCAAUGUUCGCUGAUAAAAAAGCUCGCCCCUCACUUAGACUUCCUAUGUCUCAAAGACGCAUAUCUACUAUCCGUGGACAAGCAUUUAUAUAUCAUUCAUCUGGUUUCCGAAUCCCAGCAAAUGCUGAGAAGCCAGAAUGGACGUGGAGGGCUUUAUCAUGUCUUCCUUAUCUGAUAGCAUUGCAGACAUCUGCAGCUGGGAUUUAUCUGGAACCUAUCCUUGAAAAAUUUCCAUUGUUUCAGAAUUUGAUUUUUUAUAUCCCAGGAGCUGUCAACCGAUUACCAAACUGGUUCCCUAUGCUAUAUUGCUAUGUGGCUAUUGUAUGGGUGGUGAAAAACAAGGACUUGCCUCUUAUCUUCAGAUUCCAUGUAAUGAUGGGAAUGUUGCUGGAACUUGCUCUGCAGAUAGUGUGGAUUUCAAGCAAUUUCAUGCCACUUAUACACUUCAAGGGAACAUUGGGAAUGUAUUACUGGGCUGGUGUGGCAUUGGCUUAUAUUUUUGUAAUGAUAAGGUGUAUAAGGUGUGCGCUUCUGGGUACAUUUGUGAGAAUCCCUGUACUUAGUGAAUCAGCAUUCCUUCAUUCUUUAUUCAGUUUAGGAGGAUUUCAACGGCCAUUUUAG